GACUUUGUAGAGGUUAUAAUUGAUUACUAUUACUACUUGCUAAAUUGUCGUAUUUACGAGCGCCGGUCGCCGCCCCCCGGCCGGAGAUAGAGAGAAAAACCGAAGCAGCUGUCAGUCGUCGGUCAAAUCAACCAGCUCCGUCGAGCCGGUCAACGGACCUGCAAGAUAACUUUGUCAAUAAGAAAAGAAAGACCCAAAGAAAAAGAAUAUAUAUAUAUAUAUAGGCAUUCUGUUUAUUUAGUCAGUGUAGUUCAUUCAUCUACCAAUCACAAAAUUACAGCUUUUUCCAAGUUUAUCCGAAAAGAAGAAGAAGAAACGAGUCCAACCGGAGUAAAAAAGAUGAAGAUCACCGUAAUGACCGCCGACGAACAAAUUCUCACCUUGGAUGUCGAUCGUGAUGAAUCCGUUGAGAACCUCAAAGCUCUACUGGAAGUCGAGACACAAGUGCCGCUUCAGCAACAGCAGCUGUUAUAUAAUGGGACGGAGAUGAGGAAUGCGGAGAAACUGAGUGGGCUUGGUAUUGGUGAUGGAGAUUUGGUGAUGAUGGUAUCCAAUGCCAAUGCUUUGUCGUCAUCUAGACCUACAAAUGAUUUGGGCUUCAAUCCAGAUGGUUCUGCUGUCAACCCUUCAGCUUUCCAACAACACCUGCGAAAUGACUCUAAUAUAAUGGCCCAACUUUUUCAGAAUGAUCCAGAGUUGGCUCAAGUUCUUCUUGGAAAUGAUCUCGACCGCUUGCAAGAUCUAUUGCGUGUGCGUCAUCGCCAGAGAGCUGAAUUACAGCGUCAACAAGAUGAGGAGUUGGCUCUCCUCCAUGCUGAUCCAUUUGAUGUGGAGGCUCAAAAGAGAAUUGAAGCUGCCAUUCGCCAGAAAGGUAUUGAUGAGAACUGGGCAGCUGCAUUGGAACAAAAUCCUGAAGGUUUUGCAAGGGUGGUCAUGUUGUAUGUUGACAUGGAAGUAAAUGGAGUACCUCUGAAGGCCUUUGUCGAUAGUGGUGCUCAGUCUACAAUUAUCUCUAAAAGCUGUGCAGAACGCUGUGGGUUGUUGAGGCUUUUAGAUACACGGUACCGUGGCAUUGCUCAUGGAGUUGGUCAAUCAGAGAUACUUGGCCGUAUACAUGUUGCUCCAAUCAAAAUCGGCAACAUCUUUUACCCAUGUUCCUUCCUGGUAUUGGAUGCACCUAAUAUGGAAUUUCUUUUUGGAUUGGAUAUGCUGCGUAAGCACCAGUGCAUGAUUGAUCUGAAGGAGAACGUCUUGAGAGUUGGUGGAGGGGAGGUUUCCGUGCCAUUUUUGCAUGAAAAGGACAUUCCGUCUACUUUUUUGGAUGAAGGAACGCAAGCCAAAGAAGCUUCAAGUUCUGGGGCACAAGCCUCAUCUGGUAAUAAAGAGAAAGACAAUACACCGAAGCGAGGUCCUUCAGGAGGUUCACAAGGCAACUUGACACAGGGACAGGAUUUUGAAGCCAAAGUUGCAAAACUUGUCGAGCUGGGUUUUGGCAGAGAGGCAGUUAUACAAGCUCUAAAGUUCUCUGAUGGUAAUGAAGAACAAGCAGCUGCAUAUCUUUUUGGGGGCUGAAUAUAAUUUUUUUUUUUUCAAUCAGGGGAUUCUUUAACUUAAUCAUUUGGUUAAUCAAUGACUGCACAGCAACUGUUGCAGAUCUUAUUAUGACCGGUCCGAUGAGAAUAAUGGGUUGGGGGUGUGCUCAAUAUUCUGGAAAUUGCGCCAUUACUGAUGGAUAUUUGUUAAAGUACGAUCCUCGCAAUAUGUAUUUUUCUUCUCCUACCA